UCCUUUUCUAAAAGCAGGAAGUUUUGAAACUUUUUAAAGGCAAGUUGUGCAUCAGAGAGAAUUUCUACUGCCAGGAGCCAUCCCAGUUCACUUUCAUGUCAUGUACUAAUUAAUGCAUUGACCCGUGAGUAUGGGAGAAGAUUUUCCCCAUGGUCCCUGCACUGGUCAAUGACAUGGAUGCAGGAUGAGGUGAGGGUGAUUCUGGCAGUGUUUGGGGAAUAGGCCCCCUGGCUACAGCUGCACUUUGCUCCAAGAUGCUCUUCUGCCUCCAUUUCCAUGCUCAACACCUCAAUCUCUCCUGUCUUCUGUCCAGGCUUUCAGUAUCCCACCACUGCCAGGUGUGCUGCAGCCAGGAGAGAGCCAGCAGGUCUCCUCCACCCUCUCUGGCCACCUCAACACCACCUGCAAUGUCCCGGAGCUGUGCCACAUGGAGGGAGGCUCCACCUCCGAGGUGCUGGUGCCCAGGUUGGCCUCACGUGUCAGCUCCUCCCUGAGCCCCCAGGAGAUCACCUGUGGCUCACAGGCCCCUCUCAGGGACAGAAGGGAGCUGAAGGAGCCAACUCAAAAGGUCAAGGAGGAGGCAAAAGCCCUAGAGGAGGAAGACAGGAGGAAGGAGGAAGAGAUGCUGAAGAAGGGAAAGAAGAGUGUCUCUGUUGGGAAGCAACCUCCAAUACCAGCAAAGGGGAAAACCAAGACCCGAGAGAAUAUGGAAACCGAAAUCCCAAAAAAGAAAACCAAAAUCCCAGAGAGGAAGGAAAUCAAAAUCCCAGAGAAGAAGGAAAGCAAAGCAUCAGAAGGGAAGAAAAUGAAAGCAUCAGAGAAGAAGGACACCAAAGCAUCAGAGAGGAAGGAAACCAAAAUCCCAGAGAAGAAGGAAGCCAAAGACCCAAAGAAGGGGGAACCCAAAGCCGUCAAGAAGGGGGGAACUGAAAUCCCAAAGGACUAAGCUAAGAUGGAGAAGAACCCUUUAUUCUUUAUUCAUCCAACUCAUUUUACACAGUUUAACACACCUUGUGUGCACCUUUAGUUUGUUCAUAGAUUUCUUAUCAGUUAGUCGA